CCCGUCCAAUCAUCCAUCCAUCCUUCCUUCCUUCCAUUCAUUCCAUUCAUUUCACUCAUUCCUUCAUUCUGAUCAUCACGUGUCAACUCUCCUCUUCUUGAUUCAUCAACUUGUUCGGCCUCGCCCGAAGCUUGCCUACUUACUCAACCUUCAUCUUAUGAUGUAAUUAUUUGGAUCAUCGGUCACCCACUCUUUCAGCAACACAUCAUUCAACUUUAGAAUUGUGUAGUUUCGUGCACCCCACGAAUAUAUACAACCCUGCACUAGAUCUAGUCAACCGUUUAUCGUAUUUACCGCCUAGCCCGCUCUACUCAUCUGCAUGUUCCACAUAUCGUUGUAAACACAUCAUCGGCUGUGUCGCCGCCCGCCGUCACGAUGAAAGGAGCAAAGUCAGAUGCCGGUCGCGUCAAGAGACCUUAUAAGAAGAGAGCUCGUCCUCAGGCCGAACAAUCAAAGCAGCAACAGGGUCAACUACGGAGUUAUGAGUUGACGACCGGUGGCGGUGGUGGUGGUGGUGGUGGUGGUGGUGCUUCAGGCUACCCUGCUCAUGUUACAGAAGUUGUCGACGAUCAGCAGGUUGGGCAUCUCCCACUUCCCCAACCCAUUCACGGCGACGAAUUACAGGAACGCGUGGACGACUUGGGAGACUCUUGGGAGACGGAAUCCAUCUUCGAAGACAUAAUUGAUGAUCUUACGCAGGAUACGUUUUCCGCUGAUGUUGAUGCUUGCACCCCGGAACAAUCCGUUGCCUUUCGCCAGCAAUUACGCGCAAUCGGGCCUAAUGCGUUCUGUCGUCUGCACAUAGACUCUGGCGCCGUAACAGCUCGAAAGAUGCUGACGGCCUUUGGAAUCCGGCCUCCGGACUUCCUGGAAGGCCGUCCCGACGAGGCAUAUCUCGGCCUGCUCACCCUGGCCAUAACCCGGGAGUUGAACAAACGAGCCAAGAUCAUGUCGUACAAUUCUAUCGACGAUGCCGUGCACUUGCUGAAGAAGUCGCGCAACAUCGUCGUAUUGACAGGAGCGGGUAUCUCAACCUCCCUCGGCAUCCCCGAUUUUCGUUCUAAAGAGACCGGGUUGUACUCGCAAUUAGAAAAACUGGGCUUGGGUAUUAAUGACCCCCAGGAAGUUUUCAACAUUGACGUUUUUCGUGAUGACCCUACCAUCUUCUACACGGUAGCAAAAGACAUCCUCCCAGCAACCAAAAAGUUCUCGCCAACACAUGCAUUUAUUGCCAUGCUGCAGAACCAAGGCAAGCUGCUCACCAACUACUCGCAGAAUAUUGACAACAUUGAAGCCAAUGCAGGCAUCCGGCCAGAAAAGUUAGUACAGUGCCAUGGCUCGUUCGCCACCGCCAGUUGCCAACGGUGUCGUCACAAAGUGCGUGGGGACACCAUCUUCGACGACAUCAAAGCCGGGCGGAUCCCGCGCUGCGGCAAAUGCAUCACGGCCCUGAGGGCGAAAGGAAUAGGCCCGCCUAAGCGCAAGAGGUCGAGCAACAGCUCAUCGUCUAAAAAGUCGCGGCGCAGCUUUGAUGACUUCGAUGACGACGACGAUGAUGGCGCGUAUGAUAUCCCUCAGGCGGGCGUCAUGAAGCCGGAUAUUACGUUUUUCGGCGAGCCUCUUCCUGACGAGUUCUCCAAACGGUUAGUGAAGCAUGACCGCAACUUGGUAGACCUCGUCAUCGUGAUUGGCACGUCGCUCAAGGUAGCGCCUGUCUCGGAAGUGGUGCCGUUCCUACCGCCGCAUAUACCACAAAUAUACAUCUCGCGUACGCCAGUCAGUCACAUCAACUUCGACAUCGACCUUCUGGGUGAUUGCGACAUUGUCGUGGCCGAGCUGUGCCGCCGCGCGGGAUGGGAUCUCAACCACCCGAUGGUGCCGCCCAACCAAAGGAUUGAUAUCUCGCUAGAGCCGGGCUACAAUAGUCGACACAUAUUCACGCUUGCUGAGGACCCAAAACCGGACUUGGAUCCCGUGACACAAGUAGAGGAAGCGCCGCAACCAGUCAAACAGCGCCGCAGUCGAAACAGUUCGUCCCAUAGAUCGGACGGAUUGGCUAUUGCAACAUAGAGGCAUUUCAUCACUAUUCAUCAUUCAUCUAAAUCGGUUCGAGCAACUCUCAAGUUACUACAGCUGAGAUAUGCACGCGUUCGCAUGUGUGGGAUUGACAGCGCGAUCAUAUCAUCGUGGU